UUUGGCAACUCGGGGGAGGGCAUCAAACGUUUAGGUCGCCUACAAAGUUGCGUGAAAUGAUAUCUCCUUCUUUACCUCUAAACUCCCUCAUGCUAAAGUGCUUCCUCCGCCUGUUUUUUAUGGGAAAGCCAUAUAGGAUUAUCUCCAGGACUCUUCGGUAGCAGAAAGAAAGGUGCAACGAAUUAGAAAGUAGCAAAUAGAUAUGGAAGCACAUCCGCCUCUGGAGGUGGCCUCGGCGCAGGCAGCAUGCAUCCCGGGGCCCCGUGGCGGGGAGAGCGGGGCCGAGGAGGCGGGGGACAAGGGCGUGCUUGGGCCCCCGCGCGGCCGCGCAGGCGACGGCGCUCAGGGCCGUGAAGAGUCGGCGUGCGGCCAAAACUUAGCCCGUGGAAACACCUCGGAGCCGGGAGGGGGGCCGGCGCCCGGCGGCCAGGACCAGCUGCAGCGAACGCCAGUGCCGUCAAUUGAAUAUCUGAGAAGCACUGCGUGGGAGACCAUCCAUGACGACCAGCAAUUGGACGAUCACACAGUGGUGUACGACGGCAUGAUUCAAGGCCUUCCCUCCGCCGGCGACGAAGUGGUGUACUACUGGGAUCCUAAACCAACAGGGAUUAGGGAUCCGAACACUGGCCUUGAAUUUUGAUUUUCUGCUACACCUAGUGACCUCCCCGUGUGGAUGGAGGCAGGCAAGCUACCACACACACACACACACACACACACACACACACACACACACACACACACACACACACACACACACACACACACACACACUCUCUCUCUCUCUCUCUCUCUCUCUCUCUCUCUCUCUCUCUCUCUCUCUCACUCACACACACACACACAUACACCACAUAUAUAUCAUUGCCUCUUCUAUCUCGCCAGCCCUCCAACAAGCACAUAAGGCAGUGAUACUUAACCUUUGCCUGAUGGUCCCUUUAAGUCAAUAGAAGCUAAACCAGUUUGGUUAAAGGUUCAGCCACCUUUCCUUUACUCCUCUGGAAGUGGACCUUCCAAUCAAAUAGGAACAAAUAAGUGAACAACUAUUGCCUUAUUAUUACGUUGGCUUUUUUACUUGUAGAUAAGUUUACUAACAAUUAUUACUAAUUUGAAGACCGCCUCUUUCGCUUUCAAAUGAUUUCGUUCCCUUCAGACUCUUGACCAGAUAAAUAUCACUUUGGAUGUGUGAGCAUCAUACACUAAAAACAUUAAUAACACAUACCAAUUCGACCGAGUUCUCGCUUUUGAAAAACCGAUAUUGUAAUGCAAAAGAAAUGCUAAAACUGACUUGUUUUUCGCCUUGCAUUUUAGAAUAAAUAUAAUUAUACUUUAA